UCUCUGUAGGAAUUACUGAUUGUAACACACUGAAAUAUGUCUUCAGUAGCAGUGCCAUUUUACCAGAGGAGGCACAAACACUUUGAUCAGUCCUACCGCAACAUUCAGACAAGAUAUGUCCUUGAGGAAUAUGCCGCAAGAAAGGCUGCUUCCAGACAGACUGCUUAUUAUGAAUUACCUGGCCUGGGAAAAACAACAUGCAGACUCUGUGCCAGGAGGGCACGCAGUUUGGCUCAUGAGGCAAUACAAGAAUCUAGGAAAAGAACCCAUGAACAAAAGACUCAUGCAAGUGAAGAGAAAAGAAUACGGUUCGCCAAUGAAUUGUCUGUUUUGGAAAAAGAGAUUCACACAGCCAGGCACCGUGCUAGAGAACAUCUGGAUAGACUUGAAGUGCAAAGGAUGGUGGAAGAAAACAUGGCUCUAGAAAGACACGCUCUUGAAGAAAGUAUAAGUCGAGCUCCUGAAAUACUAGUACGCCUGAGGUCUCACACUGUCUGGGAAAAGAUGUCUGUGAGCCUUUGCUUCACUGUGCAAGGAUUUCCCACCCCUGUUGUACAAUGGUACAAAAAUGAAGAAUUGAUUAGCCCUGCAAGUGAUCCAACAAAGUACAGAAUUGAAAGCAAAUAUGGAGUACACGUGUUGCAUAUAAACAGAGCUGAUUUUGAUGAUUCUGCUACCUAUUCAGCAGUUGCAACAAAUAUCCACGGGCAGGCAUCAACUAAUUGUGCUGUGGUUGUACGAAGGUACAGAGAAGGUGAAGAGCCUCACCCAGCUGGGAUAAUGCCCUUCCACUUACCCCUGUCGUAUGAUGUUUGCUUCACCCACAUUGAUGUCCAGUUUCUGGAGAAGUUUGGAGUCACUUUUGCAACUGAAGGUGAAACACUGACCCUGAAGUGUUCGAUGUUGAUCACCCCAGACCUGAAAAGACUACAACCUCGUGCUGAGUGGUACAGAGAUGAUGUGUUGAUAAAGGACUCCAAGUGGACAAAGCUGUAUUUUGGAGAAGGCCAGGCAGCUCUUUCUUUUACCCAUCUGAACAAAGAUGACGAAGGUUUAUACACCCUGCGCAUGGUAACAAGAGGUGGUGUGAGUGAAUACAGUGCAUACCUGUUUGUCAGAGAUGCUGAUGCAUUGAUCGCAGGAGCACCAGGGGCACCGAUGGAUGUUAAAUGCCAUGAUGCUAACAGAGACUAUGUUAUUGUUACCUGGAAACCACCAAAUACAAUCAAUGAGAGCCCAGUCAUUGGGUAUUUUGUUGACAAAUGUGAAGUAGGUUUGGAAAACUGGGUUCAGUGCAAUGAUGCUCCUGUAAAAAUCUGCAAGUAUCCUGUGACUGGCCUUUAUGAAGGACGUUCUUACAUAUUCCGUGUGAGAGCAGUGAACAGUGCUGGCAUUAGCAGGCCUUCUCGAGUGUCUGAACCAGUUGCAGCUCUUGACCCUGUUGACCUGGAGAGAACACAAACUAUUCAUGUGGAUGAAGGGCGGAAGGUUGUGAUCAGUAAGGACGACCUAGAAGGUGAUAUUCAGAUUCCAGGCCCUCCCACCAAUGUACAUGCCUCAGAAAUCAACAAAACAUAUGUUGUACUCAGCUGGGAUCCACCUGUUCCCCGUGGCAGGGAGCCACUGACGUAUUUCAUUGAAAAGUCCAUGGUUGGCAGUGGAAGCUGGCAAAGAGUCAAUGCACAGGUUGCAGUAAAAUCCCCUCGCUAUGCAGUGUUUGACCUUGCAGAAGGAAAACCAUACGUUUUCCGAGUCUUGUCAGCAAACAAGCAUGGCAUCAGUGAUCCAUCUGAAAUAACAGUACCUAUUCAACCAGAAGAUACCAUUGUUGCUCCAUCUACACCUGGUCAGGUAGUGGCUACAAGAAACACAAAAACAUCAGUUGUGGUUCAAUGGGAUAAACCAAAGCAUGAAGAGGAUUUAUAUGGCUACUAUAUUGACUACUCUGUGGUGGGAUCAAAUCACUGGGAACCUAGUAACCAUAAACCUAUUAAAUAUAAUAGGUUUGUUGUUCAUGGUUUGGAAACUGGACAGCAGUACAUCUUUCGUGUGAAAGCUGUGAAUGCUGUAGGAUUCAGUGAAAAUUCACAGGAGUCAGAGGCUAUAACAGUACAGGCAGCCCUUAGGCAAAGUGUAUCUCAUAUGGCUUGUCCAUCAUACCCUCAUGGUAUCACACUUCUGAAUUGCGAUGGUCAUUCAAUGACCCUUGGCUGGAAAGCACCAAGGUACAGUGGAGGUUCACCAAUCCUUGGUUAUUAUAUGGAUAAACGGGAAGCUAAUCAUCAAAACUGGCACGAAGUCAAUUCUUCCCUUAUUAUCCAGACGAUUUACACGGUGGAGGAUUUGACAGAAGAUGCCUUCUAUGAAUUCAAAGUUGCUGCUGCAAAUGUGGUUGGAAUAGGUCAACCUUCAGAUCCCAGUGAGCAUUUUAAGUGUAAAGCCUGGACUAUGCCAGAACCUGGUCCUGCCUAUGAUCUCACCAUUUGUGAAGUUAGAAAUACAUCCCUGGUUCUUCUGUGGAAAGCUCCUGUGUAUGAAGGCAAAAGCCCUAUUACUGGGUAUUUAGUGGACUAUAAGGAAGUAGAUACAGAAGACUGGAUCACUGCUAAUGAAAAGCCUACUCCAAAGCGCUAUUUUAAGGUCACUAAUUUACAAGAGGGUCAUAGCUAUGUUUUCAAAGUUCGUGCAGUAAAUGAUGGUGGGAUAGGCAAGUCAUCUGAAAUAUCUGAACCAGUGCUUGUCGAGGCACGGCCAGGAACAAAAGAAAUCUUUUCAGGUGUGGACGAUGAAGGUAAUAUUUACCUGGCUUUUGAGUGCAAAGAAGCUACAGAUGCAUCUCAUUUUGUGUGGGGUAAAUCAUAUGAGGAGAUUGAUGAUUUUGACAAGUUUAAGAUUGAAACAGAAGGAAGUUGUUCAAAGCUGUACUUCAAAAAUCCUGAUAAAUCAGACUUGGGAACUUAUUCUAUCUCAGUUAGUGACACAGAUGGAGUUUCAUCCAGCUUUGUUAUGGAUGAUGAAGAGUUUGAACGUUUGAUGGCAUUAAGCAAUGAGAUAAAGAAUCCAACAAUACCUCUGAAAUCAGAAUUAGCUUAUGAGGUUCUUGAGAAAGGACAAGUUCGUUUCUGGAUUCAGGCUGAAAGCUUAUCACCAGAUUCUACCUUCAGAUUUGUUAUUAAUGAUAGAGAAGUUGAAAACAGCGAUGUAAGUAUAUAUUCAGUACUAUAUAUGUGUGAUUUUGUUUAAUAAACCUUUCUGCAU